GAGGACAUGCCGACAUGAGGACAUGCCGACAUGAGGACAUGAGAAUAUACCAACAUACCGACAUGAGGACAUACCAACAUACCGACACGAGAACAUACCAACAUGAGAAUAUACCAACAUACCGACACGACAACAUACCAACAUCACAACAUGAAAACAUGGGCCAAUGAGAGUGUCGAAUGUUAAUGAGAGUAUCGAUGAGUGCCCAUGAGAGUACUACUAUAGAUAAAAUCCUAACGAUACCCAUCCCUACUGCCCCCCUGUGGUCUGUCCUCUGAUGACCUCUGACCUUCCCGUUGCUACUCAGGUGCGACUCAGAUGCUGCUGUUGGCUCGGCGGACCGACCUGCGCCGCAUCUCUCUGGACACGCCGGACUUCACAGACAUCGUCCUGCAGGUGGAGGACAUCCGGCACGCCAUCGCUGUGGACUACGACCCGGUGGACGGGUACGUCUACUGGACUGACGACGACGUGAAGGCCAUCCGCCGGUCGCUGCUGGACGGCAGCGACGCCCAGUUCGUAGUCACGUCUCAGGUCAACCACCCCGACGGCAUCGCCGUGGACUGGAUCGCCCGGAACCUGUACUGGACCGACACUGGGACGGACCGCAUCGAGGUGACCCGGCUCAAUGGGACCAUGCGUAAGAUCUUGAUCUCCGAAGACCUGGACGAGCCCAGAGCCAUCGUACUGGACCCUGUGGCCGGCUACAUGUACUGGACCGACUGGGGCGAGGUCCCAAAGAUCGAGCGAGCCGACCUGGACGGGAUGGAGCGUCUGGUGAUGGUCAACACUUCUCUGGGAUGGCCCAACGGACUCGCCCUCGACUAUGAGGAACGCAAACUGUACUGGGGGGACGCCAAGACGGACAAGAUCGAGGUCUGUGAGGGGGAGACCUGGGAGUUGUAGUUCUAGAUUAAGUGUGGGUUCACCUGGGAGUUGUAGUUCUAUAACCAGAGUCAGUUUACCUGGGAGUUGUAGUUUUAUAACUAGUGUGAGUUUACCUGGGAGUUGUAGUUUUAUAACUAGUGUGAGUUCACCUCGAGUUGUAGUUUUAUAACUAGUGUGAGUUCACCUCGAGUUGUAGUUCUAUAAUCCGUGUGAGUUCACCUCGAGUUGUAGUUCUAUAAUCCGUGUGAGUUCACCUGGAGUUG